CUUUUGAUGACAAUAUAUUUCGUCCAUUCUUGUUGUUUCUUAAGGUUAUUAAAGAUGAAGAUCUGAAAGCCUAUAAAGAACGAACUCGAAAAGAUAAAGGAGUGUUUGCAUCUGACGUCCGCAUCCACUACCGGACAAUGGAACACAGAAUCUACAGGCAUUCUCCAGAAUUUACCACUGAAACUCUCUUCAGUUACCUGGGAGGAAUCACUGGAGGUUGGCUUGGAAUUUCACUUUUAGAAUUCUGUGCUUUCUUGGAAGGCGUUUUCUCUGUCCUAAUAUUCUCAUUGAAAAGCUGCAGCAAACCCAAGAAGAAGAAGAAGAAGACACCUCCUGUUCCUAAAGUUAGUUCUGUGUGCAGAAAGCCAGAAAAACUGGAGGGCAUCCUCCUCGGAUUGCCCAUAGUGCGAUCCGGCAAGACCAUACGAGUUGUGCCCUACCAAUAUUAUUAAAUUUUAAUCCCUAAUAUUGGCAGAUUAAAAAAUCUAAUAUGGUCAGCGUCCAGCUAUGGAAAAUGGAACAUGGCGCCCAACUAAUACCAUGGUUUAAAUAACAAUAAACUUUAAGUAACGUAUUCAGUGAUACUUAAACCUCUUUGUUAUUUAAAACAUGGAAUUAGUUGAUCGUUUUUAAAUAAAAUCUAAUAUAUUUAUAAACUUUGUGCUCAAUGUUAAUUAUAAACGCUACUCGUUUUUAUUAUUUUAUUCCCCCAUACCAUGGAAAGUUAUAAUUAUACAAACUGGUCAUAGUGUUUCGGAUUCGCAAAUCAAUGCCUUAACAAUCAAAAAAUUUUAAAAGCAGCAUAUCUUUAGAAACUUCUGAUAUCGUGUUAAGUGUUGCCAUACAUUUAUUUUCAGUCUUUUCUUAGUUCGUGAUAAUAAUGUUCAGCUUUCUUAAUAAAGUGACAACUUUUUUUUUAUUUGCACUUUUAGAUUUGUUUAUUAAACAUCACUUUCUUCGCACUUACGCCACGUAAAUUUUAAUCAAAUUUUUAACUGCAGCAUAUCUUUAGAAUUUCCAGUAGAGUGGCAAGUGAUGCCAUACACUUUUUAUAUUCGUUAUAAUAUUUUGUUUGCUACAGUAUUUCUUUAAAAGUAAUACGUACUGAUAACAUUUGGUGGCAGCAUCCUUUUAUUUGAAAAGUGAUUCCGACAUACGAGUGAAACGAACACAAAAUUGAGGAUUGAAGCGACCAUAUUUAAUUGCUUCCUAAUGACAGCUCGUCUUCAUAAUGAGCUUACUCUUGUAACAUUUAAUAUAAUUCCAAGAACACAUUUAAAGCUUGUAAAUGUUAUUGUGCUAGUAAAUAUUGCUCGCAAUCACUUGCAUGUUAAAUACCAAAUCAGAGAAGUUUGGGAUUAUCUCAAAGUGUAUUCUUUCACGAAAAUCUUAAGUUCCGUUUUAUCAGUUUAAGCCAAAAUGUAAUAUGUUGUUUCCAUCGAUAUAAAGUUUUUAAAUACUGAAAUUGGAAAAUUUUGGUUUAUAUUUUAAUAUAAUGUUUUAUUAAAAUAUAAAUAAAAUAUGUUGCGGCUUUGAGUAAAAUACCCUUCUGGUUAUUCAUAAAAACAGUUAUGGGCUUCAUGUAAAGUACCACUUCCGGUUGUCCAAUUUUACCUAAAAUCUAAUCGACUUUUUAUACGAAUGCAGGAAGCUUCAACACGCAAUAUGGAAACAUUUCGGAAGUUUCAUACAAGAGUAAUCGUGGACGAAAAAAAUCGUCACAUACAGACACCCAGACAGAGAGACGUCACUCUAAAAAUAGUCAAAACGUGUUAUAAAGACCCAUAUUUGUACUUUUCCAAAGUGAAAUUUUUGAAUCGGAAACAUUACCUCCCUAAACUAUAGAAACAGGUUGACGGGAGGUAAAAAGAAAAAGAAAGAAGCUUUUCUUGCUUAAAACAAGUAAGAAAAGAAAAUAUCGGGAAAGACAAUUUCUUUGAAGUUGUCGCAGUUGGAUAAUGAUGUAUUUCUCAAUAAUUAAUUUUUGAACAAAGUAAAAAUUUAUAAGCUUUGUGUUCCGCUGUUUUCAGAAUAAAUUACAUAUUUUCAUCACACAUAAAGUUUAUUUUGUAUCUUUUCAUAGUUUUUCAUUAUUGUACUUGGUCAAAAGUGAGCUGGAAAUUACUUUCUAAUUUGUGUAAUUUUCUUAACAUAGUGAAUCAAAAAUAA